AUGGAUGAUUUUUAUAAACCUCCAUAUUCAUCAGCAGCUUCAACGAUACCACCAGUACCACCUCACCCUGCUUCGUUGGGAAAUGUUGAAGUUGUUAAAAUCUUGAUGAAUGCUAAUGUUAACGUUGAAAGUUGUAAUAGAGAAAAUGCAGCCUCUCUUAUCAUUGCGGCUUAUAAUGGUCAUGCUGAUGUUUGUUGUGAACCUACCGAUCACGGAGUACCAGGAAGGUUUCUUACAACGAUACCGCAACACCCAAUUGAAAAGAAUAUUUUGAUUCAAAACAUUUAUCCAGAGAUUCCAAUCAAUAAUACAAAAGGAUAUUUGAUGUCAUUAAAUCGUAAAGAUUCAAGACGUACAAUAAUUCAACCACCACAUUUAACUCCUUCGGUAUUAUUUUCAUUGGCAGUCACGGCAUGUUUUUGUAAUCCUUGCCUUUUCACCAUUG